UCAUUUCUCUCCUCCACUGAAAUAAACUUGAACAAAAAAUGGGGAGAAACCGAACCAAAUCUCCGGAGGAGAAAGAUGCAGAAAACGGAGCUCCCUCGAAGGCCAAAUCCAAGAGGAAAGUAGCCGAACCCGAUCCCGACUCCGAAUCCGAACGAGGCAGCAAGCACAGAAUCCGGAGCAGCAAGAAGAGGAGUCGAAAGUCACGAGACGACGACGAUUCGCUCUCUUCUUCGUCGGAGUAUUCGGACUCGGAGUCCGAGAGUUCGGAGUAUUCGUCUUCGGAGGAGGAGAGGCGGCGGAGGAAGAGGAGGGAGAGGAGGAAGAGAGAGGAGCGAGAGGAGAAGGAGAGGAGGCGGAGGAGGAGGAGGGAGAAAGAGAAGAAGAGGAGCAGGAAGGAUAGGGACGAAGGAGAUAAGAAGAAGAAGAAAAAGAAGAAUAGUGAGAAGGGGAAAAAGGGAGCUGUGACGGAUUCUUGGGGGAAGUAUGGGGUUAUUAGAGAGACCGAUAUGUGGAAUAAACGGCCUGAGUUCACUGCAUGGUUGGCAGAAGUAAAACAGGUGAACCUGGAAAGUUUGCCCAACUGGGAAGAAAAGCAGAUGUUCAAACAAUUCAUGGAGGACCAUAAUACAGCUACCUUUCCUUCUAAAAAAUAUUAUAAUCUUGAUGCUUAUUACAAACGUCAGAUGGAAAAAGAAAUGAAAAAAGGUGUCAAAAACAUCCGUCAGACAGAGCGGACGGUAUUUAAUGAUGAAGAAAUUCGCCGGCAAGAAAUGCAGCAAGUGCGUGAAAGACAGAAGGAAGAACAAGUGGAAGCAUUAAAGCGCGAGAUGCAGAGUGGAAUGGCACAAGCAAUGAAAGAGCAGGCCCAGCUCAGAGAAGAAAUGGCUUACCAUUUCAAGCUUGGCCAUUUUGAGGCUGCAGCUGCAAUUCAAAGACGGUUGGAUCCAGAUGUUCCAAUGUAACGAGGGCGGUUUACCAAAUUUGAGAAUUGCAACUGGCUAUAGUUUUGGUAAUUGCGAGUGAUUGCACUCAUGGGUUUCUCUGUUCAUACUGAACUUCCAUAUAUGUAAUCUGAUCGAAAAGAUAUGUAGUUUGCUUAAACUUGUUUGCUCGGAGAACAAUCAGACAGAUUCACCCUCUGUCUGCGUUUGAUUAGUAUUUUGGGCAUCUCUACUCUUUAUAAGUUUUGUAUGCGUUCUGUGCCAAGUGCCAACUAAAUUAUAAACAUCCAUGCGAAUCUAUGCAGUUGAAGAGUUGUGCUGAUCA